AUGGAAGUUGCGGCGGCCAAAGCGUUGAAACCGAGCUUGCGGACAGAGUUCGUUUUCCCGCAAGCAAUCUGCGACGAGAUUUUGUGUUUCAACGCGAACAACAUUGUCGUCGCCGAGGAUUUCUCUGUCGACGACCUUCUUGACUUUUCUAACGGCGAAUUCCAACUUGGAAAGGAAUUCGAUGUCUACGAGGAAGAGGACGACGAGGAAAAAGACAGCACAUCCGGUUCCUCGCAGGACCGAACCGAAGACGACAGCAAUUCCAAUUCCACAGCCGCUGGUGGCGGCGGGGACUCCGACUCGGUCUUCGCCGGCGAAUUGUUGGUUCCGGCGGAUGAUGUGGCGGACCUGGAGUGGGUUUCUCACUUUGUAGACGAUUCUCUCCCUGAGCUAUCUCUAUUGUACCCAGUUCGUUCCGAACAAACAAGUGUAUGGGCCGAACCGGAACCUAUACUGGGCCGGGCCCAAACCGCUUCAGCGACCCCCAGAAGGCGGAGAACCGGAAAGAGUAGAAAGCCCAACGCUCGUGUAUUGUCUUUUACGGUGUCGCCGCCGUCUUUGUGUUCUUCGGUUUUAUCUGGCUCCGUUGAGUUUAACGAGCCGGCAGUUAAAAAGCAGAGGAAAAAGGCCGAGGCCCAAAGUGGGGCCCAGUUUCUGCGACGGUGCAGCCACUGCAUGGUGCAGAAAACGCCGCAGUGGAGGACCGGCCCACUGGGGCCCAAAACACUCUGCAACGCUUGUGGGGUUCGGUUCAAGUCAGGUCGGCUUUUCCCAGAGUAUAGACCGGCCUGUAGCCCAACUUUCUCCGGCGAUAUUCACUCAAAUAGCCAUCGUAAGGUGUUGGAAAUGAGGCGGAGAAAGGAGAUCCCCGAACCGGAAACCGGUUCAGACCGGACUCAAAUGGUCCCAAGUUGUUGA